CUGCAUUUAACCGCAUUCAUCAUCGAACACCAUCUCACUCCUCGAAUCACGAGUCGCAUCGAAUCACCUCCGCGACACGAAUCAGUCAACUGCGCUUGCGACAAAUCCUCUGCCCGCCGCGCACUUCCAAAAUGGUCGACUACAGCAAGAAGAAGAACGAUGAGCUCGCGGCGCUGUGCAAAGCCCGCAACCUGCCACACAGCGGAAAGAAAGCGGAUCUUGUGAAGCGCCUCGAAGAACACGACGCCAAGGAGAGUUCAGCACCCGAGGCACCUGCUGAGAAGCCUGCCGUCAACGAAGACGAAAUCGAUUGGGACGAUGAGCCUGCCGCAGAUACUACAAAGUCUACCACGACUCAAGCCACUGCUGCGAGUGCAGCUGUCGCCGAUCAAAGCACCGUUGAAGCUCCUGCAAAGGGAAAUGAUACAGAAACAGCAGAGCCAACAACUUCAGAACAGCCAGCAGCCACAGCCGACGAUUCAGCAGCCGACGCCGAAGCACAGAAGAAGCGCAAGGAAGAAGAGGACGCCAAGUUCCGCGCCGGCUUGGACGAAAGCACGCUAGACCAGGAGAUUGAAAAGAGAAAGGCGCGAAGGGCAAGGUUCGGCAUCACUGAAGAUGAUGAAGAGCUGAAGAGGCUGGAGCGGGCCAAGCGGUUUGGAACUGCGACAUUGGCAGGGUUGGCAGACUUGAACAAAGCUCUACCAGCAUCAGAGGACAGAAAGCAGAAGAAGCGAGGCCGAGAGGCGAAUGAGAGCGACAGUGGGGUGCGAAAGAAGAGCAAAGGCAGGGUCGCCCCUCCUGCAAAGAAGCAGGGUGGAGAGAAGGCAAAGACCGAGAAGUCAAGCAACGGGUAUCCGAGCUGGAUGACGGAGAAGGAUAUCGCGGCAGCCAACGCUCGGAAGGCAAAGUUUGCAGCUUAAGUGCGGUAACUAGAACGGAUUACACCGCGAGAUUUGGACCGCGCUCGGAAUCAAGCAGCCCACAUGCGCACCUCUGGUUCUAGGACGA